AUGCCUAGCCCAACCACCACCACCGCAGCCGAUACUACAGGCACAUCCACAUCAACAGCUUCCGCUACCUGUAUCAGCAUCGCUCCAGGAAAGAAUGGCUACUUGCCACCAGAGGCAUGUGGAAAUCUUAUUCUCUAUGAGCCGUCUCUUGGGGCAGCAAUCUUCUUCUGUGUUUUGUACGGUCUAGCGCUGCUCACCCAUAUUGGCCUAGGUAUCAAAUUUAAGAAGGGAUAUACAUGGGUCAUUUCAAUGGGCGCAGCCUGGGAGCUGAUCGCCUUCAUCAUGCGAUCGCUGAUGGCGCUUCACCAGAAUGUCGAUUCCUACAACACAGUUUACACCAUCUUCUUCCUGCUCGCUCCGUUGUGGGUUAACGCUUUCUUGUACAUGACCCUCGGGCGUAUGAUCUACUUUUUCGUCGAGGAGAAGCGUCUCGGUGGUCUGUCUGCGAAACGCUACGGCGUUUUGUUUGUAUGGCUUGACAUCAUCGCUUUCAUCGUUCAACUUGUUGGUGCCGCCUUCACGACCCAAACCGACGUACCAGUGUCCACUAUCAUGCUCGGAGUUCACAUCUACAUGGGCGGUAUUGGUCUGCAGGAAUUCUUCAUUCUUGUCUUCACUUGCCUUUUCGUCGUGCUCCAUCGCCGCAUGCUGCAGGAAGAGCGCCUGGGCUUGUUGAAUAUGGAGAAAGCCAGGCGGGGAUCUUUGAACUGGCGAAAGCUGUUCUAUGCUAUUUACUUCUCUCUAUUCAUGAUAACAAUCCGUAUCAUAUUCCGUCUUGCGCAAUAUGCACGAGGAACGGACGUUAAUAAUCCCGUCCUCACACACGAAUGGUACGAGUACAUGUGGGACGCCGUCCCUAUCUUCCUCGCUCUCCUCGCCUUGAUCAUCUUCCAUCCUGGUCGGGUCCUCGUUGGCCCAGACUCGGAAUUUCCACAUAUCAGCCGCAAAGAGAAAAAGCGUCUCAAACGGGAAAAGAAGGAAGCAAAGCGUGCCCAAAAAGAAGCCAAGAAGGCAGGAGGCCGUUGGGGAUGGCGAUCAAAGGGAGAGAAGGGUCGCGACAGCAUUGCUUUCGAGUCAUUGUCUGGCCAGGAAGAUGGCACUGUAGCCCCAGGGUUCUACGAUCAGUACCAUAAUGGGGCGCAUACUGAAUACCGUCCCGCACACAAUUAA